UAGUCCAUGCCUGGAUAAGUGUUAUAGGAUAAGGACUGAUAAAUUGAUACAGUGUCACUAGCAUUUGAUAUUUACAUGUAAAUAAAAUAUUUAAGCCCACUGCCUGGUAGUCUACUAAGAAAAAGCAGACAAAAACCAAAAUAAAUGUGAUAAAUCUGUUCACUGCAAGGGGUUCUUUGAUGGUACUUUCAAUGGAAAAGCUGAAGUGAGUGAAAGCACAGAAACUGGAAUAAUCUCCAACCAUGGCUUCCUUGAGGAACUUACUUGGGGGAUUCUCUCUAAUUUGUGAAGGGAAACUUGAUUUUGGCUCUUUUUGCAUUCAAAGAAGCAUCAUAGAUGUCAUAAAUCUGCUAUUCCUCUUUGUUUUCUAUCUACUUUUGCUUGUAAGUUGUGUCAAAAAGCAUCAACGCAGGGUUGUUGACAGAAGAAGCUGGAUCUCCCUUCUUGUUUCUAUCUGUUGUGCUCUUAUUAGUAUUCUGUAUAUUGGUGUUGGUUUGUGGAAUCUAAUAGCAAAAAAUGAUGGAUUUAAUAACUUGAGCUGGUUGGUUGAGCUUGUCAGAGGAUUAAUUUGGAUAUCAUUAGCAGUUUCCGUGCUUGUUAAAAAAUCACAAUGGAUGAAAAUUCUCAUCUCUGCUUGGUGGGUGUCGUUCUCUUUAUUGGAUUCAGCUCUGCAUAUUGAGAUUCUGUUUAGAGCACACAGCAUUGAAAUUUUUGACAUCUUUCCAUGGCCUGUGAACAUCUUGCUGCUCUUUUGUGCUUUUAGAAACUUCAAUCAUUUGGCUAGGAAACGUGCUGAAGAUGAGAGUUUAUCAGAGCCUCUAUUAGAGGAAAAGGAAGAAAAAAACCAAAGAGAACUUUGUCAGGCCAGUUGUCUUAGCCAAUUGUCAUUUUCUUGGAUUAAUCCUUUGCUUUCAUUGGGUUAUUUGAGACCUUUAGCUCUUGAAGACAUCCCUUCUAUUAGUGCAGAAGAUGAAUCCAAUUUGGCCUACCAAAAGUUUGCUAAUGCAUGGGAAUCCCUUGUGAGAGAGGAAAGCUCAAGUGAUAGGAGAAACUUGGUUCUUUGGGCCAUAACAAAGGUCUACUUCAAGGAAAAUAUUUUUAUAGCAGUUUGUGCAGUUCUUAGGACGAUUUCUGUAGUAUCCCUUCCUUUAUUGCUUUAUGCUUUUGUAAAUUAUUCAAACCAGGAAGAGGAAAAUCUACAUGAAGGUUUUGUUUUACUAGGAUGCCUCAUUCUUUCCAAGGUUGUUGAGUCAUUUUCGCAGAGGCAUUGGUAUUUUGCUUCAAGGAGGUCAGGGAUGAGGAUGAGAUCAGCAUUAAUGGUGGCAGUAUAUCAGAAGCAGCUAAAGCUUUCAAGUUUAGGAAGGAUAAGACAUUCAACUGGAGAGAUUGUAAAUUACAUAGCAGUAGAUGCCUAUAGAAUGGGAGAAUUUCCAUGGUGGUUUCAUUCGACUUGGAGUCUUGUAUUGCAGCUUUUCAUGUCUAUUGCAGUACUAUUCUCAGUUGUUGGUUUUGGUGCUAUACCUGGUUUAGUUCCUCUCCUCAUAUGCGGAUUCCUUAAUGUGCCAUUUGCGAAGAUACUGCAAAAAUUUCAAUCCGAGUUUAUGAUAGCCCAAGAUGAGAGACUAAGAACCACUUCUGAGAUCUUAAAUAGCAUGAAGAUCAUCAAGUUGCAAUCAUGGGAGGAGAAAUUCAAGAGCUUUAUUGAAUCCCAGCGUGGUAAUGAGUUCAAAUGGCUUGCUAAACAACAAAGUUUGAGGCCUUUUGGCACUGUCUUGUAUUGGAUGUCUCCAACCAUAGUUUCUUCUGCUGUCUUUUUGGGAUGUGCUCUUUUUGGGAGUGCCCCAUUGAAUGCUGGAACCAUCUUUACAGUUCUUGCAACGUUAAGAAGUAUGGCGGAACCUGUUAGAAUGUUACCUGAGGCACUUUCAAUUCUCAUACAAGCCAAAGUUUCUUUUGAUAGAAUCAAUAACUUUCUGCUUGACAAUGAACUCAAGAAUGAUGAAGUGAGGAAAAUUCCCCUGCAGAAUUCUGACACAAGUGUCAAGGUGCAAGCAGGCAAUUUCAGUUGGGAUCCAGAAAUAAGUCUAACCCUUAGGGAUGUGGACAUGGAAAUAAAAAGGGGGCAGAAAAUAGCUGUUUGUGGACCAGUUGGUGCCGGAAAAUCCUCAAUCUUGUGUGCAAUGCUGGGAGAGAUACCAAAACUUUCAGGAACUGUUCAUAUGUUUGGAUCUAUUGCUUAUGUCUCUCAAACUUCUUGGAUCCAAAGUGGGACAAUUCGUGACAACAUAAUCUAUGGAAAGCCAAUGGAUGCUCACAAAUAUGAGAAAGCCAUUAAAGUUUGUGCUUUGGAUAAAGAUAUCAAUAGUUUUGACCAUGGUGAUCUUACGGAAAUAGGUCAGAGAGGGAUUAACAUGAGUGGAGGACAGAAGCAGAGGAUUCAACUUGCUCGAGCUGUCUACAAUGAUGCUGAUAUCUAUCUUCUUGAUGACCCUUUCAGUGCUGUAGAUGCGCAUACAGCUGCUGUUUUGUUCAAUGAUUGUGUCAUGACUGCUCUAGAGAAGAAAACUGUCAUCCUGGUGACUCAUCAAGUAGAGUUUCUCUCAGAAGUUGAUAGAAUUCUGGUUAUAGAGGAUGGAAAAAUUGCUCAAUCAGGAAGCUAUGAAGAGCUAUUAAUGGCUGGGACAGCAUUUGAGCAACUUGUGAAUGCUCAUAGAGAUGCCAUAACAGUAUUUGGUUCUUCAAAUAGUGAAAGUCGAGGAGAAUCUCGAGGGCUAGCUUUAGUUGGACCAGAGAUUUCUAAUGUAUCUUAUUCAACUAAACAGAACAGUGAGGGGGAGAUCUCGUUGAAGGGUCCGCCUGGAGUACAAUUAACACAAGAUGAAGAAAAGGAGAUUGGCCAUGUUGGAUGGAAGCCAUUCCUAGAUUAUGUUUCUGUCUCAAAUGGAUCUACUGAUCUAUCUUUAGGUGUAUUAACUCAGUUUACCUUUGUCAUUCUUCAGGCUGCUUCUACCUAUUGGCUGGCAUUUGCCAUUCAAUUUCCUAACUUGACCAGCAGCAUAUUGAUAGGAGUUUACACUGGAAUUGCAACACUUAGUGCUGUUUUUGUAUUUUUUAGAGAUCAUUUUGUUGCUCAUCUAGGAUUAAAAGCUUCUAAAGCCUUCUUCUCUGGUCUCACCGAUGCGAUUUUCAAAGCUCCAAUGCUUUUCUUUGAUUGUACUCCUGUUGGGAGGAUUCUGACCCGAGCUUCAUCAGAUAUGAGUAUUCUCGAUUUUAACAUACCAUUCGCCACUAUCUUCUUGGUAGCCGGUGCUACUGAAGUCAUAGCAACAAUUGGAAUCAUGGCCUUUAUUACAUGGCAAGUUCUGAUUGUGGCCAUUCUUGCUAUGAUAGCAGUAAACUACAUUCAGGGGUAUUAUAUGUCCUCAGCAAGGGAACUAAUAAGAAUUAAUGGAACGACAAAAGCUCCUGUUAUGAAUUAUGCAGCCGAGACAUCACUUGGAGUGGUUACUAUAAGAGCUUUUAACAUGGUGGAUAGGUUCUUUAAAAAUUACCUAAAGCUUGUUGACACAGAUGCCACACUUUUCUUUCUUUCUAACGCAGCAACGGAAUGGCUAGUUCUAAGGAUAGAGACACUUCAAAACCUGACUCUAUUCACUACUGCAUUUUUCCUUCUUCUGCUUCCUAAAAAUCAAGUUACUCCAGGGAUUGUUGGACUCUCUCUUUCUUAUGCUUUAUCACUAACAGGAGCACAAAUUUUUACAUCUCGUUGGUAUUGCAACUUAUCGAAUUACAUAAUUUCAGUUGAAAGAAUAAAACAGUUCAUGCACAUAUCUGCAGAACCUCCAGCAAUUAUAGAAGACAACAGACCACCAUCUUCUUGGCCCUCUAAGGGUAGGAUAGAAUUGCAAGAACUGAAGAUAAGAUAUCGUCUGAAUGCUCCGUUAGUUCUCAAAGGAAUCUGUUGCACUUUCCAAGAAGGGACCAGAGUAGGGGUUGUUGGACGGACUGGAAGUGGAAAAAGCACACUUAUAAGCGCCUUGUUCCGCCUGGUAGAGCCUGCAAGUGGAAAAAUUCUUAUAGAUGGACUUGAUAUAUGCUCUAUGGGACUGAAAGAUCUGAGAAUGAAGCUUAGCAUCAUUCCUCAAGAGCCAACUCUAUUUAGGGGAAGCAUUCGAACUAACUUAGACCCCCUAGGCCUCUACUCAGAUGAUGAAAUAUGGAAGGUGAACCAACUGAUGACUGUAACAUCAAAAGGUUUCAACAAUGAGCUUUUUGAAUCUUUUUAUUUACCAUAUAUUCUUGUGCAGGGUUUGGAGAAGUGCCAACUUAAGACAACAAUAAUUGGCCUGCCAAACAAGCUAGAUUCAUCUGUGAGUGAUGAAGGUGAAAAUUGGAGCGUGGGGCAGCGACAACUUUUUUGCCUUGGAAGAGUUCUUCUGAACAGAAAUAGAAUUCUGGUCCUAGAUGAAGCCACUGCUUCGAUAGACUCUGCAACAGAUGCCAUUUUGCAAAGAAUUAUCAGACAGGAGUUCUCAAAUUGCACGGUGAUAACAGUAGCUCAUAGAGUUCCAACAGUUAUAGACAGUGACAUGGUCAUGGUCCUCUCGGGUGGAAAUUUGGUGGAGUAUGAUGAGCCCUCAAACCUUAUGGAGAGAAACUCUUCCUUUUCUAAGCUAGUAGCUGAAUAUUGGUCAAGUUGCAGGAGAAGUCGCUAUCAAAAUUUUAGCAGUUAUCAAUGAUCAGAAAAAAAAAUUAGCCGUGGCACGACUAGUGACACCAAGAGCUAGCCUGUGGUGUGUAACAGUCAUAAUGCACUAUUAUUAUCUUGAAUAAAAAAUUUUCUAAAAUCUUCCAUGAGCUGCUAUCAUUAAUCUAUGGAAUAUAAUCCAUGAUCCUUUCAGUGCUGUAGAUGCUCUAACAGAUGCAGUUCUAUUCAAUGUGAGACAAACACCUCAGUUUUUAACUUAAACAUUGAAAAUAAAAUAUAGGCUUUUAUUUUCCAUAAAAACAAUUUCUGCCCCCAUAAUCUUAUUCAAAUUUGUAAAAUAAAACCUGUAAUGACUUAUAUAAAUUCCCUUUUUUA